UGAUGACGUCACCAGUGGCGCCCACAGCAGACGUCAAGAUGUCGCACGCACCAAACACGCUAAUAUUAUUAUAAAUGACAUGCAAUCACUAAAGACGGAGGGCUGUAGUAAGCUUGUACUCUUACUUUAAAAUAUACAUAUUGCUAUAGUAAGCGCGUUGAUGAACAAUCGUUUCUGACAUACCAAAUAUGCUGAAAAUAUCAAAAUGUAAAGGUGCAAAACUGAAAACUUUUCCUUCUGAAUUUCUAGUACUUUUGAGCAAAAGCAUUUUGGUACUCUAACAUUUGGAGUGAGUUAUGGGUUCAGAUUUUGUCUGACACCUGUUCACAGAAUGAGUGUUGGGGCUUUUCUCAAGGUGCUCUGUUGUCUUCAUCCCUCUUUCACCCUUCAUACUGUCAUGGUUGAAUCUCCUGUAUACAGCUCUUGGUGGAGGUGGAAGCACUUUCCAAACCAAAUUUUCCCCCUCCUGUGCACCUGUAGCUCACCAUGCACAACUCAAUGUGGUCAUUCCCUCCAUCACUUUUCCACAGACCUGUUCACUGCAAGGAACCUGGUUCUAACCACAUGUGAAGGAAAAGUCCCAUUUCAUCACAAGAAUACAUCUGAGUGACAGGCUUGUGAGAUGAACUAUUGACAGACUUUGUAAAAUGUCAUAUAAAGAGGAACAUGAAAGAUUUAUCAGUGGUCACAAUGGAACCACAGUAUCAGAGGUUGCCAUUUUGACUCUGACACCCUGUGCAAGCAUCCUCAUUCUCAAUGCAGUUUCUCUUUUAUACCACCUGCAGACUAUGCCCUUUUGGUCUAGGGUGGCACUGGAAUAUUCAGUCAUGAUUAUUCCUAUGAUUCUGCACACAACAGUGUUGAGCAAUGAGACAACAGCUGUGUUUGUAACAAUGUAUGCUGUAGCAUUUGUUUGCUGCAUUCUCUGUGUAAAGAAGGCACCACCAAGAAGUUUUCGGAAGACAUUUUCCUGCUUGAUGCAAAUGGAGAUGAGAGUACAAAGACCAUUCUUGACCAACAUGAGGUCUCUGGUGAACAUCGGGACAGCUGUUGUUAUUCUUGGUGUGGAUUUUGCCAUUUUCCCUCGCAGAUUUGCCAAAACAGAGACUUUUGGGAUAGGUUUUAUGGACAAUGGUGUUGGAUGCUUUGUGAUCACAAAUGCCAUUGUUUGUCCAGAAGCAAGAGGAAAAGUUGGAUCAUGUCGGUCAGUGUCUGAAGGGCUGCAAAGACUUUUCAAGUGUGUAAUGUCCUCCAUUCCACUUGUGAUCUUGGGGCUUGGGCGUCUGGUAACUGUGAAGGGAGUGGACUAUCAUGAGCAUGUCUCAGAGUAUGGGAUUCAUUGGAAUUUUUUUUUCACACUGACUGCAGUGAAGGUGGUCUCAACACUGCUGCUCUGUGUGUGUCCUGUGUGGCUCAGUUCAGUGCUGGCUGCUGGACUUUUGACAAUCUACCAGCAUGCUCUUCAAACCAAGGGGCUUUCAGAUUUCAUCCUCUAUGGUUCUGAUGGAACUGGCCAAAGACUUAAUUUGCUUGAUGCUAACAGAGAAGGAAUUUGCUCAUGCAUUGGCUACAUCUCCAUCUACCUUAUUGGAGCUCAGAUAGGCUGGUUUAUUUUUAACAGGAAGAAGACCAAAUUCUGUGACUGGAUGAGAAUUUUGUGCAUUUUAGCUGGUGUUUCUUACAUAUUUUAUGGAGCCCUGCAUAUUUCUUCAGAAUACAUUCAGCCUGCAUCUCGUCGGAUGGCAAACCUCUCCUUUGUUCUCUGGAUUGUGGCUUUAAGUACUCAGGUACUAGCCUCAUGUUUGCUGAUCGAUCUUUUGACCACAGUCUUGACAGUUCUGUCAGCUGUGAGUAACAAGAAGGUGGAGGGAGUGCCAGGAUGUGAGGAUGAUGUGCUCUCAGACAAGGAAAAGAAGAGCGACAAACUUUGUCUGCUGCAUGCAGUCAACUUCAAUGGGCUGUUGUAUUUCUUGAUGGCUAACCUUUUGACAGGGUUUGUGAAUAUGUCCAUGAAAACAAUUCAUGCCUCAUCAUUGAUGGCAGUCUUUACGCUCAGUGCCUACAUGUUUGUCUUGACAGUUGGGAUUUUGUACUUACAUCACAAGAAGGUUGCUACUCGAUUCUGGUGAUAUUUUAUAAAAGCAGGUGUCAUUUCUCUCCUAAAAUGUUGACAAUGUUGAAAAUCAAAAAGUUCAUCAUGAAGAAUGAGUAUAAGAUAUAAGGAAAUAAAUGUAUUAGCAAGCAUUACCCUGUAUUGUAUUUAUGCACUUUAAGCAACUGUGAGUACAUUUCAUAAAGGGCAAUGCAAGAUCGCUAUAAAUAAAGCAUAAGUAUCACAAAGGCA